ACGUCCACGAAGACGGAAUAAUAACGAAGGAGUUCGAAGGGAGAGGAGAGCCGACUAGGUCGAGACGCGCCGCACUCCCCUAGUCAGCUUCGGACGACCAAGGUGCUCCCAGGAAUACGGUCAACGCACUCGCUCCGACGCUCCUCCAGGGACAACAGCCGAAGAGAUGACGAACCCGCUGACGUGUCUCCUGGUCCUUGUGCUUCUCAGUGUGACGAGCGUUAACGGUGAGCGGAAUGGACUGCAGGAAACAGGAAGAACAAUUCUUUCGCCAGAUGAAGCAGCCGGCAUGCACGUCGUGGUGUCUCAGUUCUUCAGCGGAGGAGGACUGCUACUGGCCUGCUUCUACGUCCUGAUGCACCUGUUCAAGCCUCUCUACACCCUCUUCACCGAGCCUCCCGCAGAAGACCAGGGCCACGGGGAAGAUACCCAUGGAGGUGGUCAUAGGAGCCUACUGAACAGUAUUGACUUCGUGGACGCUACCUUCAACGUGAUGAAUGUCGAGGAUGCUGAGUGCAGGAAGCGUGCCAUUUGCGAGCUCCAGAAGGCAGCGUCCCGAAUGCCUCUUUGGGGAGACCUGUUGGAGAGUGCCAGUUCCUCCAUCAACGGAUUAGAGAAGUACAAAGAAGCUCAACGACUAGGAGCGACUUUUGAAGACUGUCAGCUGCUCUUCCAAUGCUCGCGUCCUCCCUUGGGCUUCAGCUAAAGAGAUGAAGAAGGAAAAAGGAGAAGAAGGAGAAGAAAAAGAAGAGGAAGAGGAAGGAGAAGAGGAAGAAUAAGGAGAAG